GUCGCCUCCUCAAGUGCCGCAAGGAGAGCACACACACACACGUGAGCGACGCAAGGUCAUUUCGCUGGAGGACGGACAAGAGCACAUGGACAAGUCCACGCGGCAACGAGCGCAGCGUCGCAGGAAAGCACGUACCAAUGGCGCGAAGGAUGGCGACAACGACAAUGCCAAUGGCAGUAGCAUGAUGCGUUCGCCGCCACCGCCAAGAUCGCGGUCGUUGUUGCAACAGCAGGACAAAGACCAGGGCGACGGCACGGCCGUGUCCGACUCGGAUUCCGACGACGAAGCGGAUAGCGACAAAGAGACAACGUACAGCACGUUGCUCCAGGCACUGAACGCCCAUGCGGAGGACGCCGAGGCUGAGUUGAAGCAAGACAGCACGCUCGAGGGCGACGAGUUGGAGGCAGUGGUCGAGUUCAAGGACCGUAUCCUGGAGCUUAAGACGAAGGUGCAGAUGAUCGAAGAUGGAAAGUUCGCCGAGUACUGUCGCCGGUGUGCAGACUUCAAGGACGACCGGUCGCGAUCGCUUGAGACUGCCAAGCAGCACAAGGAGUUGCAGUUGAAGAACGUCGAGGAUCUGCGGCUGUGCGACCUCCAGACAGCAGACAACGUGUACGCCACUGCGAAGUCGCAUGUGAAGAAGCGAUUGGUGGACAAGGUGACGUCCAUGUUGACCGAUGUCGACGCCAAGCUCAAGCAGCUGGACAUAAUGGAGGCGGAGGCAUCGUCCUCGGCUCCAGUGAAGAAGGGUCCCAUUGAGGUGCCUAGUGUUGGUUCAGAGCAAAUCGAAGAUGAUGACGACCAGCCCCGACCAAAAAAGGUCAAGCUGAUGGCAUUUGAUUCCGUGAAUAUGUCAGGACCAUUGGCGACGAAAAUCAAAACCCAAGUCCCUGGCUACAAGGACCUGCCGUACGAAAACCUCACCGCCUUGUCCUCCGACGACAUCAACGCCGACUUGCAUGCAGUGUGCGCCGUGUGGAAAGCGGCCGUGCCUGAACCCCCAUCAAGUCCCCAGGCGCGAAACCCCCUUUCAUUGGAAACAGGUCGGUUGAUAUGCGAUGGAACACUCCCUGGAAGGAUGUAAUCACAUUCUAGUGGCCAUUCAUUACAAUCGCGGACUUCUCUGGUGCGGCAAGUACAUCUUUGACGAAGGCGACGAAGUGGUCGUGUCGUCCAAGGUCAUGAAGCGAGAAUACAUUGGUGUGAUCCAUGCUCUGUCGAAUGACGCUGUGUUCCUUCGGCUGAAUACCGGCGAGACCGCCCGCGUACACUACAGCCUCAUCGCAUCCAUGCGCUGCGAGCUCAAGCCGAUCCUUCGAGGCAACGCCGGACUCAAGAAUCUGCAGUCAUGUGGAUGGGUUCGGUGCGAACCUUUCUAACUCGAGGAAUAUAUGAAGUUGUUCAGAAU